CCUCUUGGUGUCGGCCCGCCCCAGCUGUUCGGCGGAGAACAUGGCGGAGCCUUCUGUUGAAUCAGCAAGCCCAGGAGGGUCUGCAACAUCAGAUGACCAAGAAUUUGACCCAACAGCUGACAUGUUGAUUCAUGAUUUUGAUGAUGAACGAACACUAGAAGAAGAAGAAAUGAUGGAAGGUGAAACAAACUUCAGUUCAGAAAUAGAAGAUCUUACAAGGGAAGGUGAUAUGCCAAUUCAUGAGCUUCUUAGCCUUUAUGGCUAUGAUGGCACUGUACCACUACCUGAAGAGGAAGAAGAGGAGGAGGAGGAGGAGGAGGAGGAGGAGGGUGAGGGUGAAGAUAAUGAUAACAACAGUGGGUGCAGUGGAGAAAAUAAAGAGGAGGCCAUAAAGGAUUCAUCAGGUCAGGAAGAUGAGACACAGUCUUCCAAUGAUGAUCCAGCACCGUCUGUAGUACAAGAGAUAAUUCGCCCACGCCGCUGUAAAUACUUUGAUGCAAAUAGUGAAAUAGAAGAGGAAUCUGAAGAAGACGAAGAUUAUAUUCCUUCAGAAGACUGGAAAAAGGAAAUCAUGGUGGGCUCAAUGUUUCAAGCUGAAAUUCCAGUUGGUAUAUCCAAGUACAAAGAGAAUGAAAGAGUUUAUGAGAAUGAUGACCAGUUGCUGUGGAAUCCAGAUUACUUGACUGAAGAGAUAGUGAUUGAGUUCCUUAAUGAAGCCUCCAGACGAACAGGAGAGGAAAGAGGAAUAGAUGCAAUACCUGAAGGGUCUCACAUUAAAGACAAUGAACAGGCUUUGUAUGAAUUGGUAAAAUGUAAUUUUGAAACAGAAGAAGCAUUAAGAAGAUUAAGAUUUAAUGUAAAAGCAGCCCGAGAGGAAUUAUCUGUCUGGACAGAAGAAGAAUGUAGAAACUUUGAACAAGGGCUGAAGGCUUACGGAAAAGAUUUUCACUUGAUUCAAGCAAACAAGGUACGAACAAGAUCCGUUGGAGAAUGUGUGGCAUUUUAUUACAUGUGGAAAAAAUCAGAACGAUACGACUUCUUUGCUCAACAGACACGAUUUGGUAAAAAGAAGUACAAUCUGCAUCCUGGUGUAACGGAUUACAUGGAUCGUCUCUUAGAUGAAAGUGAAAGUGCUGCAUCCAGUCGAGCUCCAUCCCCUCCCCCUACAGCAUCUAACAGCAGUACCAGUCAUUCUGAGAGAGAAGACAGCACAACCAGCAAUAGUAAUCAUAAUGGUGUUUCCACUAAUGGGCCAGGAGAAUUAUCAACUAAAGAAGAAGUAAAACUUGAAGGAUUGCACAUAAAUGGACCAGUUGGCAAAAACACAUCACUUGUGGAUUUUGAUACAAAUGGCUAUGAAACUGAAAAUCUCCCCAAUCAUUCUAAACUUGCUCAUUCGAAUGCAAGGAAUGAAAAUGAUUUUGAAGACAAAAAUGAAAGACCUUUGAAGAGAAGAAGAGUGAACAGUAAUGAAAAGGAGGACCCAGGUUCCUCAGAGAUUUUCCCAGAAGCAGUGUCCCAUGGCAAGUUUAAAGAGCAGGAGACUCUGGAUGACUGAAUAUUUGAUUUUAUUUCUUAAAAGUAUUUUUUGGUGUAGGAAAUUUUCAGGGUUGAUAGGUUACCUUUACAGAUUCAAAUCCUUUAAUUUAUUAUGAUAUUGAACUACAUAUUGGUUGCUUGCUUCCGAUCUUGAAAUUUUUCUGUCCCCUCCCCCAAGUCUUGCAAUGCAGAUGAAAUGGAAAGGAGAACACUCUUGAACAGAGCGACAUUCUGCUUAGCCUGAUAAGGAAAACUACUGUUACUGAGACAGUUCUGUGCAAAUUAUUACCAGAGUACUAAACAGCUGUACAAAAUCUAGUGUGGAAAGUAAUCAGUUUCAUUGUCCAUAAGAUUAGAUCGCAAAUAUAAAACAGAAUGAAGCAUGGAGAUUUUCUGUCUACUGGAAGAGAAGCUGUUUUGGGACAGUUAAAGAAUGCCUGUAAAUCCUGAGAGUUGUAUGUUAGAGAAUAUUUUUAUAUAUAUUUAUAUAUAGAAAUAUUUAAAAAUAAACCAAGUCAGGUUUGUAUUUGUAAAAUUGUUGACAUCAGUGAUGUCUUUGCAUAUUCUUAUCUGGAUAUAAGAUACCUUCUGUAUUUUUCCAGAUUCUUUGUAGCCUUUGAAAGAUUUUUACAAUACCUAAGUCAUGAUUGAGCUGUCAUUUCUAAAAGUUAGUGUGUAAUUUUCAUACUUUGUACAGUAUGGUAAACUUUUAUGAGACUUGAUCUUCUGAAGAGUUUGUCAGCUUCAUUUUAUUUUGCUAAAGUUUUUUUAUUAACAAAGUAAUCAUGUUUGAGAAAGCAGUACAAAUUGUAAAUGUAUAAAAUUCACACCCAAUUAUUAAUCUCAGAAUUUUGAAAUUUCUAUCUUCGGACAGAUUGUGACUUUAAAAUUUGGAGAUAAGUAUGAUGCUUCAAUUGCACAAAUUUCUUGUUUAUAUAAUUGUUCAAAUUUAUUUUUAUGAGACCAUAUUUAAAUCAUCAAAAUGCUUUAAUGUUCCUAACCUCUGUUAGCCAAAGUCAGACAUUACGUUAUUCAUCCAUUUAUUUUUACACUUCAGUGAGCACAGUAGGAUUAAGAAAUGGAUCAAAUAAUUCUGGCUGCCUUGAUAAAAUGCACAGCUUAUAUUUGGGGCCUGAUCUUCACCCAAGGAAUCCAUUUGGAUUCAUGCUGCUUCUCAGGAAGCAGAAGCGGCAUUGGGAAUAGUUAUUAUUGCAUAUAUAUGUAUGGAUAUGCAUGCAUAUGAAGUACUGUAAGGGGUGAUAACUUUGACAGAGUGGAGAAAAUAGACCCUAAUAACCAUGUUUUCCAUCUACAAAAAGCUUCGGAUUGUGGCCAUGAUGGUGCUUUAUAAUGUCAGUUCCUUUUUGGGAUGUAAAGUCGUCCAUAAGAAGUCCCUCUUCCUAUUACAUCAGGCUAUCGCUACAGUAAUUUUAACAGUCUAACUGUCCUGAAGCUUGCUUGAAAAGCUCACAUUACACUGUUUCAAGUUGAUCUAAAUACUGAUAUAACUUGAGAAAAGGUUCAGUGUUUGGUCUUUAGUUUUGAACCUCAAAAACCUUUCUAGGACACCCAACAUAAUUUUGUUGUAGACAUCACAACAUUAUAAAUUUAACCCCCUGCUUUCUUUGGAAAUGUUCUGAGUGAAUUCUGUUUGUUAACAUUAUAGGGCUAAUAUUUAUUGUCUACAGUUCAAUGCAGUAUAUCUCAGUUGGCUUAAUUAGCAGAUGUAUAAUCUUGUAAACUUUAUUCGUUUAGAGGAGAUGCCAUGGCUGAUAAAUCCCAGUUUUGUUAAUGUGGGAAUCCAAAGUUUUCAUAGCCUCGUAUCAAAGAUUGUCUUUUACAAAGUGUUUCAGAGCAAGGCAGUGCAUUGCUUUUAGAAAUCUUGUUGCAACUUUGAACAUCUAUUUUUCUGUCCUUUAUCUAUAUAUUUAGCAAGCUGAUAAUGCUUGCAAAACAGUUCAUAGGAGUUUAUAAGUAUAUUGUUCUCAGGCUUGUAAGUAAAAUAUAGCACUGUGUACAUUUUCAGAAAUUUUACUUUGGUCUUUAAUCUUACCUUUAAUGGUAUGCCUAAGAAAAGUCCUGACAUUCCGUAAUCAAUAUGUAAUGCUCAGCUGUUCUUAAGUAUUUAAUUGUAAUGUGCAUUUUGUUAAUGCAGGUGUUUAUACAAUAUUUUAUUCAUGUUCUUUAAAAUGCAGCCACUAUAACUUGAUAAGACAUUGCACUAGUAGUACUAUUUAAAAUUCUAGUAAUAUAGUAACCUAUUCAAGAAACUUUUAAUGCAUUUUGGAAACUCAAAAAAUCUGUUUCCAAAUUGGAUUGAAAAAUCAGUGCAGCUUUGUGUAUAGUAAUUGUAAUGUAUAUUUUUACGCACUAUUGUGUCCUGAUCCAUGAAGUGCAUUGUGUGCAGCCUGAAUCAAACCUUCAGUUCAACAGAGCUGACUGUUGGCUUUAUAAAAGGGUUUAAAGUGAUAUUUUGAAAGAAAUUUAAAAAUUUGCAAAUUAGUUUUUAUAAAUUUUUCACAUAGUACUUUUGCACUGUUGGUAAUCCCUGUGUCCCUUCCCUAGCUCCCUGUCUGCAAUUCUGGAAAAGCUUAUUAAAGUAUUUUUUUAAACAUAA